CUGCACGAGAGCGCUACGCUCUCGGCAACAGUCGUCCCCAGGCAUCUACGUUUCUUUUAUAUAUGUCCCCCGAACCACUCAACUGUGACCCUUCACGACACACAUCAUGUCCGCCACCAUUGAUCCCAAUGUCCUCACCAUGCCAUCGCCUCCACAAUCAUCAUCGCCCGAUUACAACGACAACAAUGGCAAUGAUUCAAUGACAUGCCACUCUGCUUCGCCGGCGGCGUCAAUAGCCUCCUAUCUGUCGUCGCCUGCCGCCGCCAGCUCGUCACGCAAGCGAAAGGCCUCUUUCAAUGCCAGGCCCCCGCAGAACAUCGACGACCCGGCGCAGCGCAAUCUCUGUCCUUCGAACAAACGAGCGAAGCCUAUGUCUCCAGAGCGCAUUGCGCGCCUCGAGGCUCGCCAGGCAAGAAACAGGGCAUCGGCGCAGGCUUCUCGGGACAAGAAAAAGGCAUUCAUCUCCACCCUUGAGGUCGAACACAAGCAGCUCUGCAAAGAGAAUGUUAUGCUGAAGCAAGAAAAUGCUGCCAUGAACAACAAGAUGUCCAGUCUCGAAAACAGGCUCAAGGCCAUGGAGUCCAUGAUCAAGUCCAUCCUCGACCCAGCCAGCGGCCAGUCAUCACUCGUCUCGCUUCCUUCCAUCGCACCGUGCAUCCCAUCUUCAGUAGCCUCGACAUCGAUCAGCUCAACGACUGCACUGAACCUUACGACUGACGCCGCAUCUAGUACCACCUUUGCAACAGCGCCUUCUGCAGCGCCUUCCUCCUCUUCCCUUGCAACCACUUCCACGUCUCUCUCUGUGGCACCGGCCGCGCCGUUCGCCGCCCCGCACAUCAAGCAGGAGCCGGUAGCCAGCUGGACGGAGGGAUCAGAAUCGAGCGCUCGUCUCCCCGCAGUGGAGGCGUUUACCCAGCAGCGGGCGCUCUUCUUUCCUCCUCCAGUAUGGCUGUCAGCAGCUCCAACAAUGCUUUUUGCGCAAGCGCGGCAGUAUCGGUCGCGGCUGCAUUGCAGAGAAUCGACGGCGAACAUGUGGUUGCAGGGCAAGGCACGGCAGGAAACCACGGCAGCAGCGGAUCGGGCAUAUUACAGAACCG